AUGUCUGACGUUGGCGAAAGCACCCACAAGCGGUCCAAAUCCGCAGCCGCUCUCUCUCUUCUGCGGCGCAACAACACUCGCGACGAAGAGUCCGGUUCCGAAGACGGGAGGCUCCGGAGAACUCCCUCAUCCUCAAUCCCGAUCAACCCCAUGGCGCACCAACAGACCCCUCGUGGCCAUGCCGCCAAACAGUCCGUAUCUUCGGCUGGCCUCUCGCCUACGACUUCCCAUCCCCCGCAAUCCAAGCCUCAGCAGCUCGCAACCCCAUCUGCCGAGAAGAGUACCGCAAGCCUAGAGCAGUCCGUCCGCAAGUUCAGGUUUGUCGAGGCCCUACGGAGCGGCGAUACCUCGUCUAUCUCCCGCGCGAUUCGCGAAACAGCCGAGAACGGCCCCCGCGCGAGCAUUUCAUCAGCAAGCGCCUCCAACGCAGGCGCUCUCGACGAUACUACAAUCCUUCAUCUAGCUAUUCAAUGUGCAGAAUUCCCUGUCAUUGAGUACGUCUUGUCUGAUGGACAAGGAUCGAUCGACGUGAACGCCCGCGACAAGGAUGGCAACACCCCGCUUCACUUGGCCGCAAUCCAGGGCCGAACCACGGUGGUGAAGCUCCUUCUGGAGCAAAAGGACAUCAACGAUGCUAUUGCCAACGCCCAGGGCAAAUUACCACUUGACGUAGCGCGAAACCCAGAGAUAUUUCAGCUUCUGCAGCUUUCAAGGUCGCUUUUUGCUGAGGCCAAAGUGAAGCAAGUUCAAGAGCUGAUCGCGCGGGGUAAUUAUGGCGCACUGGCUGGUGUUCUCGAAGAGCAUCGAGUCAAGACCGUUCUCGACAUCAACAGCCCCGAAUUUGCAUCCGAGCCUGUGACUGUCCAGACCGGCGGUACGCUCCUUCACGAAGCUGCGAGGAAGAAAAACACCAAUCUUAUCCAGGUUCUACUUCUCCACGGUGCCGACCCAUUUCGCCGCGAUCGAAAGGGCAAGCUGCCCCAGUCUGUCACCAAUGACGAUGCUACAAAAGCGAUACUCAAGAAGUCUCCUGCCGCCGUGGCAGCCCAGCGAGGAAUUCAAGAGAAGGCAGUGCUUGGACAAGCCGCAUCCCAGGGCACAGCUGGUGCUGCCUCCAGUGAUCCUCUAGCUGGCCGGGAGGCUCGCGAGAUGAAGGGCUAUCUCAAGAAGUGGACCAACUACAGAAAGGGCUACCAAUUACGUUGGUUUGUGCUUGAGGAUGGUGUUCUCAGCUACUACAAGCAUCAGGACGAUGCAGGUUCUGCAUGCCGUGGUGCCAUUAACAUGCGAAUCGCCAAACUCCAUAUGAGCCCUGACGAAAAGACCAAGUUCGAAAUCCAUGGAAAAUCCUCUGUCAAGUAUACUUUGAAGGCGAACCACGAAGUCGAGGCCAAGCGAUGGUUUUGGGCCCUGAACAACUCGAUUCAGUGGUCUAAGGAUCAGGCAAAGGAGGAGGAGAAGCGCGCAGCUCGCGGCGCAGAGCUCUUAAGACAAGCCAAGGCGGACCCAAGCACUCUCUCUCUUCAGGAAUCCCAUAGUGAGGGUACUAGCGUUACGGACCUACGCAGAAACAGCUCUCAGAUCCCAAGCAGGUCGCUCUCCAAGAUUUCUUCGGCUGACCAAAGGCCAAACCACGCCAGCCCAGGUACUACUGGUAGCUUCGAUGAAGAUGAGUUUGUCGACGUUGAGACAGACGCUGGCACAUCACGGGCACCCAGAAAUGGAGCUCUAACAAAUAACGACAUGGAUGAUGACGACGACUAUGGCGAUGAUAUGAGUAUCCAUGAAGAGCCCACGGCUACCAAGGAUGCGCUGAAUAUCACAGCUCAGUCAGCCAAGCUCCAGCUUGAAACAAUGUCUCACGUCCACCAGGCCCUUCUUAACGAACUCAACCAAAAUCCCAGCACACCUCUCUCUGAUAACAACGUAACCCAAGCUUUGGGCACAUACGACGGUGCCAUCCGAAGUUUGUCGACACUUGUAUCUGAUUUGCUUCGGAUAUCCAAGGACCGCGACGCCUACUGGCAGUAUCGCCUUGACCGAGAGGCUAACAUGCGGCGUAUGUGGGAGGAGAGUAUGGCGCAGGUGGCUCGGGAGCAAGAGGUCCUGGAGGCUCGCGUUGGAGAGGCAGAGAAGAGACGCAAGGCCACAAAGAAGGCACUCAGGGAGGUUAUCGAAAGUGGCAUCCCUGUUGGCGCUAGCGAUCUCCCUGUAGAGGAUACACUCGCAGAAGAGAUGUUGGGUGAUGACAGACCCAAGGAGGAUGAUGAGGGACGAUUCGAAGAUGCAGCAACCAAACUGCCCCCAGCACCACCCAAGUCACCUACAAUGAAGAGUGUGCGAAGGAAACCCACGAUGAUUGUCGACUUAUCCGAAAGCGAAUCUGAGGAAGAGGACGAGUUCUUCGAUGCUGUGGAUGCUGGCCAAGUCCAGAUAUCCGAGCUACCCGCCGAUGAGAUAAAGCCUAAGAAUCAGGACAUUGUGGUAUCAGGUGGCUUGGACCUUAGUCCCUCAUUCCAAGGUUACGAGAACGGUAUUCGAACGAAGCUCAAGAUGGAUGCCGAUGACCGACCUAAGAUUUCUCUUUGGGGUAUUCUCAAGUCCAUGAUUGGCAAGGACAUGACCAAGAUGACACUGCCAGUCUCGUUCAAUGAGCCGACCUCGCUCCUCUACCGUGCUGGUGAGGACAUGGAGUAUGCUGAUUUGCUUGAUCUGGCUGCGGACAGAGCCGACUCGAUCGAAAGACUUAUCUACGUGGCUGCCUUUGCGGCUAGUGAGUACGCCUCCACAAUCGGCCGUGUAGCCAAGCCCUUCAACCCUCUGCUUGGAGAGACAUUUGAAUAUGUACGUCCCGACAAGAACUACCGCUUCUUCAUCGAACAAGUCAGCCAUCAUCCCCCAGUCGGUGCCGCGUACGCAGAGUCCCCCAAGUGGUCCUACUGGGGUGAGUCAGCUGUCAAGUCCAAGUUCUAUGGCAAAUCUUUCGACAUCAACCCUCUUGGUACAUGGUUCCUCAAGCUUCAGCCUACCGCUGGAGGCAAGGAAGAGCUGUACACAUGGAAGAAGGUCACUUCGUCUGUCAUUGGCAUCAUCACCGGAAACCCAACAGUUGACAACUAUGGUGUGAUGGAAAUUAAGAAUUGGACAACGGGCGAGGUGGCCCAUGUUGAGUUUAAGCCACGUGGUUGGAAGGCUUCAAGCGCAUACCAAGUAUCUGGAAAGGUGACCGAUGCUUCCGGCAAAGUGCGCGUCAGUCUUGGUGGUCGCUGGAACUCCAAGCUUUAUGCUCGCCUAACCCCAGGUUAUGAAGCAGCUGUCGACGAGCCUAAGGAAAGUGGUGCUGAUAUGGCCCAAACCGGCCUGACAGACCCUAACCGAGCGUACCUCAUCUGGAAGGCCAAUGAGAGGCCAACUGGUAUUCCAUUUAAUCUGACCCCGUUCGUUUUGACGUUCAACCAUAUCGAUGAACAGCUUCGGCCAUGGCUUCCUCCUACCGACUCGCGUCUCCGACCCGAUCAGCGCGCUAUGGAGGAUGGCGAGUAUGAUUUCGCAGCUGACGAGAAGACCCGACUGGAGAACGCGCAGCGAGCGCGUCGGCGCCUUCGAGAGGAGCGCGGCGAUGAAUUUGCGCCGGCUUGGUUCCGCAAGGCACGUUGUGAGAUCACAGGUGAGGAGUAUUGGCAGUUCAACGGCAAGUACUGGCAGCAGCGUGAGAAGGCCGGGCCAAAUGGUGAUCCUCGAGUUGCUUGGGAAGGAUUGGAACCAAUUUACGACGACCAUGUGGAUGAGGGUAUGACUCAGUAA